AUGGCCGAUUCACGCGGCUUCAAGCCAAUAAACCAGUUGUGGCAGAGCGCGACGGAUCAGGAUUCGGAGUGUCUCUACGAGGAGAUCCCAGGCCGGUCCCAGGAUACGGACCGGCCGGCUGGUGCCGCCGUUGGGCAGCUGGGGGAGGAGGAAGAGCAGCAGGAGGAGGAGGAGAACAUCGGCGGUAGCAGAAGGAGCCUCGAUUUCGGGGUGCAGGUUGGAGAUAGCGACUUCUGGGGUCUCACGGGUCGGGAGGAAGUCGUCGCCAGGAGUGGUACCAUCCCCCGUAGCAGGACCGACGGCGGCGCGAGGUCGCGCAGCGGAUCGGCCGAUCGGCGGCCAUCGGAUCGGGCGCGUCAGCGGGACGUUGUCAUUGUCAGGGUGGAGGACGAGCGUUAUGCCGCGCGUAGGAGCCACGUGGACGCCGGUACAGGCGCCGUACUGCCGCCUCCUGCGGCUGCCGGCCACAAGCUGACCAGGGGGCGUACGAGCGCUAGCAACACCGUCGCCCGGUACUUGCAUUCGGCCAGCACGAACGCCUCGGCGGCGCACUACCAUCACCAUCAUCACGGGCUGCACGGCCAGUAUCCCCCCGGCGGCAGGACGACCGGCAGGCAGCACCGCCAUCAUCACCCCAGCCGCGGCUCGUACAGUAAUGAGACGCAGGAAGAGGUACAGGAGGACGAUGAAGCCACUCUACGGGAGUUGCUCGUAAGUCUGCAGAAACAGGUCAGCGUUAUGAGUAUGAACCUGAGUGCCAAGCUGGACGAGCUGCAGCGGGGUGACCGCCAGCUGGAGACCACCGUCGCUCUCUGCGAGAUCCGCACGCAGCUGCAGGAGCUCACGAAGAGCGUAGAGUCUUGUCAGAGCGAGGUCAGCGAGGUGAAGCGGGACAUGGUCACGAUUAAGCAAGAACUAGAUACGGUACAGCAGGUCAAGGAAGAGAUAGAGGAAUUACGAGAGUACGUGAAUCGACUGGAAGAGCACUCCCAUCGGCGGAAACUUAGGCUGUUGGAGCAGGGGCUGACGCUUUUCCUGUCGUACGCGAUACUAGCUGCCGUAUUGGGAAUGUUGCAGUUUGGAUACAACACUGGAGUGAUUAAUGCGCCUGAAGUGAACAUAGAGAAUUUUAUGAAGGACGUGUACAAGGAUAGGUACGGGGAGGAUAUUUCGGAUGAUUCUGUCAAGACGUUAUACUCCGUGGCCGUGAGCAUAUUCGCGAUCGGUGGUAUGGUGGGUGGCUUCAGCGGAGGGACAAUUGCCAACAGAUUUGGCAGAAAGGGAGGCUUACUGCUAAACAACGUGCUGGGCAUCGUGGGGGCGUGCCUGAUGGGUUUCACGAAGAUCGCUGAGUCGUACGAGAUGCUGUUCUUUGGUCGGUUCAUCAUCGGUGUCAAUUGUGGCUUGAACACCUCGUUGGUUCCCAUGUACAUAUCGGAAAUAGCGCCAUUGAACCUGAGAGGCGGCCUAGGCACGGUGAACCAGCUCGCUGUUACGGUGGGCCUCCUGGUCUCCCAGGUGCUGGGCAUCGAGCAAAUCCUUGGAACGAACGAGGGUUGGCCCAUUCUCUUAGGACUAGCUAUCUGUCCUGCCAUUCUACAGCUACUGCUGCUUCCAGUUUGCCCGGAAUCUCCAAGAUAUUUGCUCAUAACUAAACAGUGGGAGGAAGAGGCUCGGAAAGCUUUGAGAAGGUUGAGAGCCAGUAACCAAGUAGAAGAAGACAUUGAGGAGAUGAGAGCGGAGGAACGAGCUCAACAAGCUGAGUCCACGAUAUCGAUGACAGAGCUUAUAUGCAGUCCAACUCUAAGAGCACCUCUCGUUAUUGGUGUGGUUAUGCAACUUUCGCAGCAGCUUUCGGGUAUCAAUGCCGUAUUUUAUUAUUCCACGAAUCUGUUCACUAGUUCUGGUUUAACGGACGAGAGUGCCAAGUUUGCAACCAUUGGCAUAGGUGCCAUUAUGGUUUGUAUGACGCUAGUGUCUAUCCCGCUCAUGGAUAGGACAGGAAGGCGUACGUUGCACUUGUACGGUCUCGGUGGCAUGUUUAUCUUUUCAAUAUUCAUCACAAUUUCGUUUCUCAUAAAGGAGUUCUUUGGCUAUGUGCAGGAAAUGAUUGACUGGAUGUCCUAUAUCUCGGUGGUGUCGACCCUGUGCUUCGUCGUGUUCUUCGCCGUCGGCCCCGGAUCUAUACCCUGGAUGAUCACGGCGGAGCUGUUCUCGCAAGGCCCUAGACCCGCCGCCAUGUCCAUCGCGGUCCUCGUCAAUUGGAUGGCUAAUUUUUUGGUUGGCAUCGGUUUUCCAAGCAUGAAGAGUAGCCUUGAAAACUACACGUUCCUACCGUUCAGUGCAUUUCUAGCCAUCUUCUGGAUCUUCACCUACAAGAAGGUUCCUGAGACCAAGAAUAAAACAUUCGAAGAGAUUCUAGCUUUAUUCAGGCAUGGUAACGACAGUCUAAUUCAGAAAGUGCAGAGGCGUCAAAGUGCUGGUUAUACGACAGUAUACAACAAACUAUACAUUGUGCCGCUUCACGCUACAAGACACACGCGAGCGGUCUCUCUCAUAGCGGAAACACUAUUCGAACUCUAUUCACCCCCUUUCGCGUUGACAACGGCAAAAUCAGGAAAGAAAAUAUCAAGUAGAUCGACAUACCGGUGUAACGUGUGCCAUACCGAGAGAUCAGAAAUUUCUAAUCUGCCUGUAACAUCUCAUUCACCCAUUAGAACAAUUGCACACAAAAAAAACAGACAUUUUUUUCAGAGCUCUCGUUUGCGAAAAAAAUUCAGAGAAUUUCAGAAAAAAAUCUAGACUAAAAUCUAGACUAACUCUGUCUUUAUCGAUUCUCGACACACACACACACAUACACGAGAUUACCCAAGCAGGAAACAAAAAGUCAUGACGACAGAAAAAAAUGGCGUCAAGAUGGCUCCAAAAUAUUGACUAAAAAUCACAUUUCUCGAUCAGUCACGAUUCAUUUUAACGUCACUGUGACGUUGUCGUGACUCAUGUCGUCCUGCUUGCGUACUUUCUCUCGCUCACAUUCACGAACUUUCGUUUUCACUCGGCAUAAUAGUUUACGUUGGACAUCAUUCUAGUGUAUCUAC